CGACAACUUUUGACUUUUGUGUCGGACAAGCAAUGGCCGCGAUUUGGCCAAUUGGUGAAUUGUUGUAUACCGUUUCGACAGCAUAGUGGUCGUUUGAGCACUUACAUUGUGCUGGUUUUAUUCAUUUUGUUAUUAAACAAAGUCUACCCAUAAGACUUUGUGUUAAUUCCACUAUAGUGUUAACUGCUGUGAAAAAUCUUUGUGAUUUCAAGACUGUGAGCUAGAAAUUUUGUGUAGGUGUGAACGAAGUUGGAGACUGCGAUUUCAUUUGAAACUUGUUAUUGGGAUGUGAAAUCCACUGGAGCUCCGCGACGAGCUCACGAAACAUGCGCUUCCAGAAGCAGUCUUCUAUCUUAUCUUUGGAUUGACCGACUACGUCCGCCAUGCGAGCCGGUCGUGCCGAGAGCGCGCGCGACGCUCCAACUCGGCAAUUCCGAUAAAAUCAAAAAUUUGGAAUCAUUUACAAGUGCGUUGCUGCCAACCCACAUGUGAAGUGAUAGUGCAGUGUUGUGUUAGUGAAUUGACAGUGGUAGUGCUUGCCCGAUGUGGUCAUGGCGUUCAUGACGAAGAAGAAGAGGUACAAGUUCAACGUGCAAGUCUGCCUCGAGGAGCUGACCGAGGUGCCGUUUGUCUCGGCGGUUUUGUUUGCCAAGGUCAGGCUGCUGGACGGCGGGAAUUUCCAGGAGCAUUCUAGCAGGGAGGAGGUGUGCAACCACACGGUGCGGUGGAACGCCGGCUUUGAGUUCCCGUGCAAGAUGUGCGCCAACGCGAACACCGGGGUCCUGGAGCCCGCGCUGAUGCGGGUCUCUGUGCGCAAGGAGUGCAAGGGUGGCCGCUCGUACCAGAAGCUGGGCUUCUGCGACGUGAACCUGGCGGAGCUGGCCGGCGCGGGCGAGAGCACGCGCAGGUUCCUGCUGGAGGGGUACGACAAGACCGGCCGCAGGCAGGACAACUCCGUGCUGCGGCUGCGCAUCAAGAUGAGCAUGGUGUCGGGAGACCCGCUCUUCAAAGUCCCCGAGCGCAAGCAGGAGCUGCCGGAGAAGACGGGCGGCGACAGCGGGUCGGAGAGCGCAGCCGGCGUCGCCGACGACGACUGCGGCUCCUCCACCGCCAGCUCGGGCUUCGGCUCGCUCACCAAGCGGACCUACGAGGGCGCUGCACCCGCGGCGCCGCCGGCGGAGCCCGCGCCGGACUGCGACGAGGGCCCGCCGCCCGCUCUGGUGGCCGAGCCCCCAGUGUCGGGCGCGUGCGCGCACUCGCACUCGCGCAACUCCUCCAACACGUCGGGCGACAUGAGCAGCAAGGCGAGCGGCUACGGCAGCUCGUCGGCCGCGUCCGCGCACUCGCGCCAGAGCUCCGACGGCGACGCUGCGCACGCGCUGCACAACAGCGCCCGCCUCGAGCGCGUCACCACCACCACUACCUCUCUCUACAUCAAGGGGAAACAAAGCAGAUCCCUCGCCAAACUGCUUCUAGAGAAAACCGUAGUCAACGAAACGUCAGACGUCUUCCUGUCGCCCGACGUGACAUUGACAGGUGUCCCAGACGUCAUUCCCAGAAACGCUCUGUCGCCGAAGUCUCCCGCCUCCGAUGAAUACACUACACCAGAUUCAACGUUGAUUGAGAACGGACACGAGAAUUCUUUCGCGAUGCCGACAUACUUCGACCAGAAGAGACGCGCGGCCGCGAACGCUUUCAAAGAAGCCGUCCAGCCGCUCACCAACUUUCAGAUAUUCAAACAGAAAUCCCUAAACACCAUCCCAGCGUUGUUAGAAAAGAAUAAGAAAAACGAGGAAUUGUUUAAUAACUUCCCGUUCUUGACGCCAUUGGCGCAUAGAAAGAGUUCGCUGAUAUCGAACGCGACGAGACUGUCUGGGUGUAUAGAAGACGAAUUUUAUUGUAUACCGUCUGACCCGGAAGCGGAGACUGGGUCGACAGAAUGUGUGGACGUCAGACAUCGGUUAGGCAGUAGGAGUUCUGAGCAGGUGUUCACUUCCACGCCCAAGGGCGAGUCGUUGAGGCACAGCUAUACGGAUCGAAGACGGCUGGGGCGGAGCGGCGAAGCGGCGGAGCGGCGGCCGGGCGCGGCGUCGCGGGAGCCCCGCCCCGCGCUGAACCCGUCGUCGGGGUCGGAGGGGGGCUCCCUGGGGCGCCCCGCGCCUCCCCACCCGCUCGCCGCGGCCCCGCCCGCGCCCCGCGACGACGACCACGUGUCGUGCCGCGUCGAGAACACGAGGGUCAACCCAGGCUCAUUGAUCGACGAGCUCCUGGCGGCCACGGACCUCAAGCGGGCUGUGGAGGAUGCGGCGGAGACGUCCGGUUUGCAGCUGUUCAUCUCCCGCGACGGCACGGCGGAGCUGGGGUCGCGGCAGAGACAGCAGCUCACCGCCCGCGACUACCAGAGAGUGGUGCUCCAUCCACACGACAACAGGUAGCCUGUGCGCUGUGCGGUCGCCGCGCCGCGACUGCUGGGGGGGGGCUUUGUAUUUAUUGAUGGUUGAGUGUUCACACGAGGACAGUAUUACCUGAGAUUGAGCUAACUGCUCGCUUUACAUGGACUUAGUAGCUUGCGACUUAGCUGCCAGUGCCAGUAUAAACUUUAAGUAGUUUACGAAGUCAUCUUAUGAUUUAAUGAUAAUUUAUGAAAAGUUCACUGACGAUACAUUUGAUGAUUAAACGAAUAAAUAAAACAAAUUUGAAAUUAUUUUUUGUCAAAUGUCUUAAAUAAACAAAACGUAAAAAGAACCGUUAAUUCUUGAUAUUAUGUUCAGUAUGUUGCAAUUCUAACGGCCUAUUCCUCGUCGGCAGCAAAUCGUAACAUAUUUGUGUAAUGUCAUGUUAAGAAUAUAAAAAUUUGAGAUUGAAUGGUUUUCGCUGUGAUAUUCGUGGGUUAAUUAUUUCUUUGACGGGUCCUUUCUACUCGUGGCUUUUACAUAAUAUUUAUUUUGCGUUACUGAGCUCGUAAGACAUAAUUUACUAGUGUAAACACUUGUGAACACUAUUUAGGUAUUUAUACUAAAUCCAUGUAAUGUUGGCAUGUAUAGAGACAGUGAGACGUCCGCGGCCGGCGAUACAAUAAUAUAGUUUUUAAAAUCAAUGUAAUGUUUAAAUCAAGAAGAAAGUGUACCUGUUUUAUUUUUAUUGUUUAUCUGCUAUUCAAAAUGGCGUUAGUGCAAUAUUGUGAGUUUUUUAAACAAACAUAGAUUUACAAAAGCACUUUAAAAUUUAAUGUGGUUUUAUUUACUUGCUGUCACUUUUUGUUUGCAAUAGAUAGAUAGUGACAGAAUAGCGAGUUUGUGAAACGCCGGUCGCAACGCACUCUUCCGACCUACGUUCGGCGAAACAAUGCAUAUUUAUUGUUUUUUAUUAUUAAAUUAUGCCAUAAAUUGUUCCACAAUUUGUAACAAUAAUGUUGAUCGAUUUAUCAUAUUCCUUAGCAAUUUUUUCUAAGACGGUUGUGCUCGCAGCCGUAAUGUUUUGUAUUGUAUGAUUUACAAUGUUUUUAUUAUUUUUACUGUAAGUAGGAAUCUUUUUUCAAUUAUAUAACGACGACUGAUUGUUCCUAUACUGUGCGUAGCCUGUGCUUCCUCCGCUCUCCUGAGCUUACCCGACUGUGUAAGGAAGGUAAUGUUCAACUGACGUACUGCCGCCUGCGACGACUCCUAAUUAUGGACUCACCUCCAAAUAUAGUUAGAAGAAACAUAAUAUAAUGCUUCCAAGUAUUGUCUGUCUGAAUGUAAUCAAUGUUGAUUUGUUUUAUAUUUUUAGUUGAUUCGUAAAAUUUUUGGGUAUAAUUAAGAAUAAUCAUUAGUCUUCGAGAGUCUGAUCAGACGGUGUGACGUCAUUCCUUCAUUUUCCAUGUCUGUCAUGCUGAAAGAUGUCAGAAAUCACAACAUUUGUCCCUCAAUCUAUGGAUUACCAUGGAUUGGUGUAAAGAGAAAGAAGAGAAAAGAUAGAAAUUAACAAUAUUGUCAUCAUUGUUUCGCAAAUAAAAACUUAAUGUCAUAGAACUAUUCACAGUGAUGGUGACGUCAGGUGACGGUAAUUCCUGAGUCAUGCAAAAAAUCGCAAUGAUAAUCAAUUUUAAAAAUUUGAUAUCUAUAGAUUCUUUCCAUGCGAGUUAUAACACGCAUGGAAAGAAACCUUUUAAAAUUAUUUAAUCUGUGAUUUAUUGACAUCUUUCAGUUCCUGUAUAAGCAAAAAUGUGCUCACAUACUGGUGCUAAGCCUUCGUAUGUAGUACGCAGAAGGCUGUCGCUUGUCAAAUUUUGUAGUUGAGGCCAAAUCGUUGGCCAAGUCAUGUUUAGUGUGUUUAGUCGUUAUGGGCGUAGUUGCACAAGCUUGUAAAAUUUAAAAUGACAUUUACGAGCUGUCAAAGUCAUGGUGACAACACAAUGUGAUGACAUUUAAUUUUAAUAUGAAUUUGUGCAACUGGCUGCUGAUCUGUCAAGAAAAGUGUUGAAUUAAUUUUACAAAGUUAGAAGUAGUUUGAAUUGUGAAAACUUAAUGUACUUUAUCUCUUAUUAUCCCUCUUUUUAGGUGCAUUGUAAGAUCUGUCGAUGCGCCAGAGCCGAGCUUACGUGUUCGAGGAAUAAAAAUUGAGUUGGACAAUUAUUAUCAACCGACUUUAAUGGAGUCGUAAAUUUUUGUGUAUUUUAAUCAAAAUUGAGUCGACCACUUUCUUGACAGACGAGCCCAUUUUAUGAAACUUUGAAAUCCCUCCAUGUUUUGAGAACAGUAUGAUUGGUGCCAAAAAAGACUCAAGUCGUGAGUACCAAGUUUCACGUAUCGAAUGUGGAUAACGAAUAGGUGUUACGCAUGGUCCUACUCAAUGUAUGGGAGAGAUUUCGUUACUUGAAUUUGACCAAUGAGCGCGCGAGCUACUUGACGGAUGAGCGAAUGAGAAACCGCGACUAUGUAGUUAAAGACCGCACUAUUAUUUUUAUUCAUUCGGGACAUUUAGGUUUUAUAGUACGUGCGUUUAAUACCUAUUCGUUUAUUUACAUAGUAUCGUGUGAGAUAUAUAUGUCAUUCCUUUGCAUCGAUAGCUUGGCUGCAUGUAACUCAUUAUCAGUGCUUGCAAGUGGAUUGAUUUAAAUCAAAAUUUGACUUACUGUUUGUAAAAUAUUAAUACCUGUGAUGUCAAAUAGUAUGAAAAUAAUACAUCUGUCUCUGUCAUAUAUGUAUAUAUCGAUGCUAUCACAGGGAUAGAGCUAUAUUUUACACACUGUCUAAUGUCAAAUUGUAAAACUAGUACAAGAUUAGUCGGAAUGGGUCUAUAACUAAAAUUACCGGAUUUUAAUUUAAUCAACGUAUUUGUAAUUUUAUAAUUUUGUAUCUAACUUAUUUAUUUCUGUAUUUAUUAGAAUUAUAUUUCUAUUGUGACGUUAUUAUACACACAAAUUAAUCUCAAUGUUUUCUAACCAGUGGAACCCAUUUCCAUUAAUUUUGUACAGACUCCGCUGCGCACGCGUGUAAUACCAAUUGAACGCUUGAAGUGUGAUGUGCCGGGGACCGGUGUGGACUGGUUGUAACCGGCGUUGUUAUUGUAUCAUAUGUCUUGUAAUACAAGUUGUACAGUAUUUGAUUAAAGGACGUGUUUAGAACUA